AAACUAAACAUUCCAAUAUGGCCGCUAGAAAUUAGGAGUUUCGGUAUCAAAAUAUCGGUUUAUGCUACUUUCUUAGCAGUUACUGGACGUUUAGUAAACAUUUUCUGGGUGAUUCUAUUAUUUUAGGCUAUAAUGAUGAUACACAGAAGUAUUUUAAAGAGAAGUAGUAUAUUAACGGCACAAACCGGUAGUUCUAAACUGCCGGUGUACAGAUAUAUUCCGUUUCAAAUCGAACAUUGGAAAGCAAAUUCUCGUAAGACUUCGACCACUACGAGCAGUAAGAUUGCCACGGUGUUUACGGAAAAAGUAAGGUUAAUUACAAAGCAAUUCGACAGCGUUCUGGGCAUUACCGAAGUGCGCAGCGCACAGAAUUUAGUCCAAGAAGCUGAAGACAAGUUUAUGACGAGCAGAAGAGAAGUCGGUGAGAUCAGAACAGAACUUCUUCGGCUACAAAAUGAACUGCGUGACCUCAGAAAUAAACUCGACCGGAUCCCGCGAGAGGAUGAACGUUAUUUACAGCUGGCGACGGAGGAACAUAAAGCUUUAAUCGCAGAGCGAAAAGCUAAGUUGGAUUUGGAAAUGCUUGAGACGAAUGAGCGAGAUCAGUUUUCGGCGUUAUCCGCAGCGGUGAGAGCCUCUCAUGAGGAGGAAAGAAGUAGGGCUGAACGGACGAAAUAUUGGUCGAUUAUUGCUUCUGCGUUCGGCGCAGUUUUAGGUAUUCUCGGUUCAACAAUAAUCAAUUUAAAAAGAAUGAAGCAAAUAAAAUCAACGGUGCAAGAAAAUAACGAAGUAUUUCUCCGCAAAGCUAUGGAAGAAAUCAGAAUACUUCUUAUGCCUGAACAACAUCAGACUACCACCACUGAAGCAACUCAAGACCAGCGACCGAACGAAUUCUUUGCCCUACUGAAUGAAAACAGAAAAGUUUUAGGGGCGAUCGAUGCAAAAGUUGAUAAAUUCUUCGAUAAAGAAACGCUUGUUUCGGGAAUACAAGAGCGUAACGAUGAAAACAUCUCAAAUUCAGAGAAUUCACUUAAUUCUGCAGGCCUCAGUAGGGGGAUGGAAGAUGUAAUAUGGUGGUCACAAGCAAAUGUGAUCGCUACUGUAGCUAGUUCUGUUUGUUUAAUGAUUUAUUUGCUUUCUAAAUAAAGAAACAAAGAUAUGUAUAGAAUAAAUUGUAGACGUGAAGUGAUGACUUGUAUAAACGUGUAUUUGUCAUUGGGAUCUAAAAUUAGAUAUGGAUUUUUUAUUUCAAAAAAUUCAAACAAUGGAAACUUUGAUGUUUUUAUUCUUAUGGUAUAUACGAAUUGUUUGUUUUGGCAAAAAGACUAUUUAUUGCGCUAAUCUGUUGGUAAUAAAGUGGGAGGGUGAAAUCAGACGCAAUCAUUAGGAUAUCUGUCGGAUAAUAUGGUAAAUAUGAUAAAACUUCGCUCUUUAUGCUAAUUGCUUCGUGGUGGGUCCGUGCGCGCAAUUGCGUAAUGUGAACACCAGGAGACUAGGCUAGAAAUUUUUGUUUAUUUGAUUGAAUGUUUUCUUGUUCUACGCGAGUCGUCUUUUGUAGCUUUGGCUCAAAUGACGCAAACUAACACACUUUUGAGAAAUAUCCCUUAAAAACUCAAUUAUAGCUAUUCACAAUGUUAUGAGAUAAUGACGAGUGUUGGACUGCCGUUAUGGAUGAGUUACAUGCCAAGAGAGUGCAAAACGCUUCUAUUUAAAUUACGUAGAAUUUUAAAAAUUGCUGAUCUCAUGUGCAACGGGGAGAAAUUACUGGACCCCCGCGUUUCAGGGCAUGACCGUGGAGAUUAAACCAUACCACAAUCUAAAUGAUAUUUACAAUUUAGCAUUCCCAGCCAGAAUUGAAAACUUUUGUAAACAAAUUAAGCGAAACUCAUUAGACAGAGCAAUAGUUGAAAAAAUCUAAAUCUCACGACUGCCCUCAAAAACUAGCAAGAAACAAUAUAGAACCCUAAAAAAACCUGCCCUUUUUAAUAAGCAAGUAAAUCCCUGUUUUAGGGGGUAGAAAAAGUCGUAUUUUGAAAGGAAUUUUUGCCUGUUCAACAGAUGUGAAACAUGCAAUAAAACCGCGACCAUUUCGGUAUACCAAGGUCUUCGCUUCCUGAGCGAAAUAAUUGACAUAUCACCAAUAGGAAGCGACCACACAGCAGAGGGGAAUAUAUAAAAAAAAAUCGCUGAGAUCUUUUUAUAACCUUGCGACUCAGAGAGCAGAGCUUGUAUGAUCCUGUGGUUAUUGCUGGACACCGGUAUUAAAACCUGAAAUAAAUUUUAAAUUGGCCGAAAAAUUCUGUGGAAACUUCUUCAA